AUGCUGAUUGUCUUGUCCAGGUCGAUGUCUAGGACCUUCUCCAGAGUCUGUGGUCGGUGUGGUCGGCUCGCGCUCCGUACUCUUCAGCAACAGUUGACGGCUAGCCGUGCGUUCCGUCUGUACAGUAGCUCAGGCGCCAGCCUAAUCACUCAGCACCACGGCCGUUCGCACAGUCGCCUUGCAGAACCGCUCCCCGCGCCGCGCGAGCAACCAGAAAACCUCUGCCCGCGUGUGUCGGCCAAGGGGUGCACCGAGAGAAACGUAACGUACUCAGGCACUCGACAGAAACACCCGAAUACCAUCUCUCCUUACUCUCUCAACCGCCGCCCAGACUCUCUGAAGCAGGCCGAUCCUGAGAGCCAUCCAAUGAUGACGGCGUCCCCUCCUGCUCAGCAGACUCCACCCCAAACUCUCAGCGACGAAGCCGACAGCCCUGCCUCGAAGCCGCCUGCACAGCAAUCUAUGCAGAGUCCCGUACCUGCGCGCCCGGAACCCUCGUCGCACACUAUGCACCCUAUCGAGCCACAUCCUGUGGCUAGAGCCGGAGAUCCUGAUCAUACUUCCCGGCAUGAUGAGUAUGAGGUUGUCGAGGUCGAGGAGGGGGAGGCUGGAAUGGAAGAGGCCCCCAAAGGCACUUUCUCACGCCCGCCUCUGCCUCGUCUGAACUCUCAGUCGCGGGCAGCUUCCUCGCCGGCGCCUUUCCAUGAAACCACUCCUCCGCAACAUCCUCCUCGACAGAGUAGCUACAGGAGCACCCCACAGCCGCAGCAGGGCAGGCCUGUUCACUUGCAGGGCUCGCGGGAGAUACCCAUCCCGAUGAGGACAUCGUCAACACAAAACCAAACGGGACCCGAGGUAUCAACGCCGCCGGCAACCGAGACCACAGAUACUGGCACAGACGAGGGCGCGCAAGAUGCCAAAUCAUCGUCGCAAGACACACCGAAGCCUCAGGAGAAAAAUGCUCCCAUCGCUAUCCCCAAGGUCACGCCUCUGUCUUCAGACCUCAGGCUGCCGCCAAACCUUGCCGAACUUGCGCAAGGUCUGGAUGGCAAGUAUGUCGAUGAGUUUGGGAACAUUCUGGACUGGAACGGCCAGGUGCUUGGACGCGUUGAGGGUGACCUGCCGUCCAUGAUCGGACGGCCAGUCUCAGUAACGGGCGAGAUCUUCAGCGAAGACGGUGAGGUGGUCGGUUACGUAGCGGAGAACGAUACCAUUCCACCAACACCUCCGUCCCCCAAACCUAUUGAAGGCAUGGGCGACGGACUGAAGGUGGACCAUAUGGGCAAUAUCCUCGACAAGAAUAAUAAUGUCGUCGGCCACUUCGACGGCGCGCCCUUAGCCAAGUCUGUCCAACAGACGGGCCAAACGAGUAGCUCUGGCGAUUCCAGUAGUCCUCGACCUGGUUAUAUGCCCGACACGCACACAAGCUGCCCCCAAUGUACUGCCCAUCGGCAGUCCAAGCCAUCAGCUACAACUCCCAGUCCGUCCGAGAUAUUCAUGGACGUUAAGUCGACCAAUGAUGGCAUUCAGCUUAUCAUCAAGAUCCCGACUGUAUUUCACGGUGGUGGGAAUCCCAAUAUCCAUAUAGGAACCAGAUGA